AACCUCUUCUGCAGAUAUUUCCGCGUUUGAUACCGAUUUUGUGAGUUUUGCGAUAAGACUUUCACUCACUUCUGAGGCACGAGUGCAUUGGAGAAUUGAGCGGAAAAGGGUGUUGUUCUUGUGACGAAGAGUGCAAUGGAUCAGCUUGAGGAUGGUGGCGGAAGUCCGUACGCCAGAAGAUUUCCAAAUGUGGACAAGUUCACCUUCGAGUUGCGCGCAGAAGACGAAAUCCAUAAACUUGAUCUUGAGCAGCGUUUUACGCUGCGCAAAUCGUUCCAAUCCGCGCCCAACAGUCCGUACGCAAAGCGUCGCAACCAGGAGGAGGCCGGGAUUGAGUUGCAGGAUGUGCAAGUGGAGCAGAAGCCUGAGAGUGUGAGUUCAGAGGAGGAUCUGGACACAGUGCAGAUGGAUGGAGAGUCUCAUCAGCUGCCCGUGGCGCUCGUGCGGCGGCCGAGCAUGCAGAGUCUGCGACAGCGGCGGGAUCCUCUCUACCAAGGCACCAGAUCCAGGCGGACGAAGAGAGUGAUUCACAGGAAUGGCAAGACGAACGUGACCUUCCAUAAUAUUCCUCAGCGAUCGGCGCGAUUCUUCAAGGAUUUCGUGACGACGCUGAUUGAGGAGCAGUGGCGCUACACCUUGGCUCUCUUCGCCUUCACCUUCUUCUUCUGCUGGAUCCUCUUCGCGAUGCUAUGGUACUUGAUAGCCUACGCCCACGGAGACCUCAGCUUCGAUCCGGAGACCGGGGAGCGCCUAGGCGACGGGGAGAGGCCGUGCAUCAUGGAAGCCACUUGCAUGGCCUCGUUCCUGCUGUUCAGCAUUGAGACUCAGGUGGGCAUCGGCUUCGGCACGCGCUUCCCCACUGAGGAGUGCCCUGAGGCGCUCUUCUUGAUGGUCGUGCAGCUGAUCCUCAGCGUGGCCAUCGAGGGCGCCAUGGUGGGCAUCGUGUACGCCAAGAUGGUGCGCCCCACGAAGGCGAGCUCAGUGGAGCUCAAGUUCAGCCGCAAGGCUGUGAUCUGCUGCCACGACGGCAAGCUGUGCCUCAUGUUCCGCGUGUGCGACACACAAGAGAGCCACGUGAUCGGGACGACGAUAAAGGGCUUCUGGCUGGAAGCGGGGAAGUCUCGAGAGCACACUCUGGCUCUGGAGGACUUGGGCCAUCUCUUCCUCAUCUGGCCAACGACAGUUGUGCACGUGAUUGACGCGAAGAGCCCACUGUACGAUGUCUCUGCACGGGAUCUGCUGAACAAGCACUUCGAGAUCGUGGUCACAAUGACGGGCGGAUGUCGGUCCACGGGACAGCUGACACAGACGCGCACUUCGUACCUGCCCAGGGACAUUCUCUGGGGCCACAAGUUCGACCACCUGCUGACCUACAGCCACGAGAGUGAGGCUUACGUGGCGGAUUACGAGAAAUUCGACUCGCUGACCCAGAUCGACACUCCUCUGUGCAGCGCCAGGCGUCUCGAGGAGAUCUUCGCCGAGGUCACCAACAUGAUGCAUCACGAUUUUUACGCCAGCCAUAGCCAUAUCCGGCGCAUCAGCGAGGGAUCGUGGGAGGGCAGCGAAGACUCCCCGCCGAUCAUGUUCGACGCCGCACGCCACAAUUCGCAUCCUGAUUUGAAGAGCAUCUAAUUGUGGGGCAAUUAGACAAUUUACACAAGUCUUUCGGUAAUUUACUAGCGACAGCGAGCAAAUAACGCCUGAGGCCAUUCGACAGAGAGACACUGGGUAAUUGAGUUUAUUUGCCCAGGGCGAUGAUGAAGUAUUCAUGACUGGGAUUAUAGAGAGAGAGAGGAUCACUUGUGAGUGCAUUGUAAUAAAGC